AACCCUUUUCUGCCUCCUAUUUCUCUCUCUCCACCACACAAAAGAAUUUAACCCUUUAUCUCUCUCUCUCUCUCUCUCUCUCUAUUCUUCUUGUUUCUCUGCUAUACCCAACAAUAACACCAGCAGCUGCAGUCAGCACAAAGAAAAGAAAAGAAAGAAUAUGAAGAUAAAGAACAAAGGUAAAGUAUACCCAUCUCCAUCUUCUUCUUCUUUUCUUGGUUCUGCUUCUUCUUCAAGUAGUAGAGACUACAGAGAUGGUGAUGAUUUUCUUUCAGUACUUAAACUUCUUCCUGCUACCAUUCUCACUUUAGCUUCCGUUCUUUCUCUUCAAGACCGUGAAGUUCUUGCUUAUAUGAUCACUCGCUCUCUGAAAACCACCACAAACCCUACUCCAAAACAAGCUUCCCUUCUCCAGGGUUCCAAGAAAAAAUCCACCAAAAACAAGUCACCAAACACCCAUAAGUCUCCGUCGUUUGAUUGUGACUGUUUUGACUGCUACACGAGCUACUGGUUUAGGUGGGACUCUUCUCCUAAUCGCGAGCUUAUUCAUCAAGUCAUCGAAGCCUUUGAAGAACAUUUAUCUAAUGGUGAGCUAUUCAAGAAAACUAGUCGCGGUAAGAGACGUGACAAAACGGGCCGUCGGGUUGGUGAUAAAUCGGUGAUUGAUGUUCUAGGUCGACCUGAAAUGCAAGAACCCGAGGCGACUGUUAAUGAAUCAUCUCUUGUUGGUGGUGCUGUUGUUUCUCCAAAUGAUGACGUGUCACCGGUUGUUAUGCUCGAGAGAGCGGCUGAUGGGGAAGAAGUGAAAGGAAGUGAAGAGUCCCCGGCGGAGGCGGAGACGGAGGAGAUGGCUGUGGUUGCAAGGUCACCACCACCAAACAACCAUAAGGGUUUGGCAAGGAAGGUAUUACCGGACGUGUUAGGGCUAUUCAAUUCUCGUUUAUGGAACCUAUGGAAUCCGAAUGUGUAGUAGUCCUAAGAAAAAUAUAAUAAUAAUAAAGAAUUUAUUUUUUUUCUUAA